AUGGCCUCCCGGGAGCCUCCUGCCACAAGCCACGCCCCGCCCGACGUGCCCUCGGGGGUCGCGCUCUUUGUCACUAUCCCCUUUGCCUUCUUCCUGCCAGAGCUGGUAUUCGGGUUCUGGGUGUGGAUCCUGGUCGCCGCCACCCAGGUGGCACAGCCCUUGCUCCAAGGAUGGGUGAUGUAUGUCUCACUCACGUCAUUCCUUAUCUCCCUGAUGUUCCUGCUGUCUUACUUGUUGGAAUUUUACAAAAAGUUUAGCUCCUGGAAAGUCCUGGACAGCCUGUACCACGGGACCACUGGCAUCCUGUACAUGAGCGCGGCUGUCCUGCAAGCUCAUGCCACAAUCCUUUCUGAGGCUGGUGGACCCCCGAACUACUAUCUAAACACGGCGGCUUCGUUUUUUACCUUCAUCACCGCCCUGCUGUACAUCCUUCAUGCCUUCAGCAUCUACUACCACUGA